UGUGGGCGACUCGGCUAAUGGCGUCGGCGAGUCUGGAGGGCUUGGGGAGCGAGCGCUGAAGCUUUUUGCCAGGUUGGCUGGUGACGAACUGUGUGGCCGGAUCCCGCGGCCGCGGGACGGACCUGCCCACCUUGUGGGCUCCUCGGCCGGAGCCGGCGGAGCCUAGCAGGGCGGGGCGACUGCGGGGGGCGCCUCGGAUAGGAGACGCGAGAGUUGCGAGAAGGCUGCGGGGGGCGCUCGGGUACGCUCCGGGUUCGCAGCCCAGGCCGGGCCGAGCCCCGCGGAGCCCAGGCGGCGGGCUGCGGAAGGGCCAGGGACGCCAGGAGGGAACUGCCUGUCGCCCCAAGGAGCUGACAGUGCUGGAGUUCGUUUGCGCCGCUCAGAUACUGAAUUGUAGUUUGGUGGAUCAUGUCCGGCACCAACAGCCCCGAGGCGGUGAAAAAGCUGCUGGAGAAUAUGCAGAGCGAUUUACGGGCCCUGUCCCUGGAAUGCAAAAAGAAAUUCCCACCUGUCAAAGAGAUUUACGAGUCGGUGGGUUGUACCAUAAGCGCGUUUUAUCGUUUCCUUUGAAGACGACUGGGGCGCUUUGAUUUUGUCUACUCCUGGUCCUCAGCAUUUAGGAGUGAACUUCGCGGAAUGAGCCGAUUCAGCUAAUUCAGCUGGAUGUAUCUUAUCCUCGCCUCUUCUGGCCUUUUUCAAACUUGGAACUAGCCAAGCCAGAAUUGAAAAACUUAGGCUGCUGAAUCAGGAAUAAUAAAAGUUAAAACAAUAGCUGCACGAAACACCGAAAUUUUGGCAGGAUAAAAACUACAAUUAUGCAGUGAAACUGCUCAGAGCAAGGAAACCCCUAGGAUAUGGGGACCUGCUGGACCUCUUCCAGCCUUGAAAGAAAACAGCUCAGAGGUUGUUCAGCCGUUUCUAAUGGGUUGUGGAACCAAGGAGCCAAAGAUUACUCAGCUGUGUUUGGCCGCCAUUCAGAGACUCAUGUCACAUGAAGUCGUGUCUGAGACUGCAGCUGGAAAUAUAAUUAAUAUGCUUUGGCAGCUAAUGGAAAACAGUCUUGAAGAACUUAAGCUACUUCAAACAGUUCUUGUUCUUUUAACAACCAAUACAGUAGUUCAUGAUGAAUCACUCUCUAAGGCAAUUGUUCUUUGUUUUCGACUACACUUCACAAAAGAUAAUAUUACAAAUAAUACAGCUGCUGCUACAGUGCGACAAGUUGUUACUGUUGUUUUUGAGAGGAUGGUUGCUGAAGAUGAACGACACAGAGAUAUUAUAGAACAGCCAGUACUGGUCCAAGGAAAUAGUAACAGAAGAUCUGUCAGCACCCUCAAACCUUGUGCUAAAGAUGCAUAUAUGCUUUUCCAGGACCUUUGUCAAUUGGUUAAUGCUGAUGCCCCUUACUGGCUAGUAGGCAUGACAGAAAUGACUCGAACAUUUGGCCUUGAAUUGCUUGAGUCAGUCCUGAAUGAUUUUCCACAGGUCUUUUUACAACACCAAGAGUUUAGUUUCCUUCUCAAAGAAAGGGUAUGUCCUCUUGUGAUAAAACUCUUUUCUCCAAAUAUAAAGUUCAGACAAGGUUCCGGCUCUUCAUCUUCUCCGGCACCAGUUGAAAAACCGUAUUUCCCUAUCUGCAUGCGUUUGCUGAGAGUAGUAUCUGUUCUAAUUAAGCAAUUUUACAGCCUUUUGGUAACUGAAUGUGAGAUAUUUCUGUCACUUCUGGUGAAAUUUCUGGAUGCAGAUAAACCACAAUGGUUACGAGCUGUUGCAGUAGAAUCAAUACACAGACUCUGUGUGCAGCCUCAGCUCUUAAGGUCAUUUUGUCAGUCCUAUGAUAUGAAACAGCAUUCUACCAAGGUUUUUCGUGACAUUGUGAAUGCCCUGGGAUCUUUUAUACAGUCGUUGUUUCUUGUCCCUCCUACUGGAAAUCCUGCUACAACAAACCAAGCUGGAAACAAUAACUCAGGUGGCCCCGUCUCAGCACCAGCUAACUCAGGAAUGUUGGGGAUUGGUGGUGUUACCUUGCUACCAGCAUUUGAAUAUAGAGGAACUUGGAUACCUAUUCUAACUAUAACAGUACAAGGCAGUGCAAAAGCCACCUACCUAGAGAUGUUGGACAAAGUUGAGCCCCCAACUAUACCAGAAGGUUAUGCUAUGUCUGUGGCAUUCCAUUGUUUGCUUGACCUAGUACGUGGAAUCACUAGUAUGAUUGAAGGAGAGUUAGGAGAGGUUGAAACAGAAUAUCAGACUACCACUGAAGCAGCUUCUUCACCAACACAGUCAUCAGAACAGCAAGAAUUACAGUCAACAUCAGACCAAAUGGAUAAGGAAAUAGUUAGUAGAGCUGUUUGGGAAGAAAUGGUGAAUGCCUGCUGGUGUGGUUUACUUGCUGCUCUCUCACUCCUCCUUGAUGCCAGCACAGAUGAAGCUGCCACUGAGAAUAUUUUAAAAGCUGAAUUGACUAUGGCUGCUCUUUGUGGAAGACUGGGCCUUGUAACUUCAAGAGACGCCUUUAUAACUGCAAUAUGCAAAGGUUCCCUGCCUCCCCAUUAUGCUCUUACUGUACUGAAUACCACCACUGCAGCCACACUUUCCAACAAAUCAUAUUCCAUUCAGGGCCAAAGUGUUAUGAUGAUAAGUCCAUCAAGUGAAUCUCACCAGCAAGUUGUGGCAGUGGGUCAACCUCUCGCAGUCCAGCCUCAAGGGACAGUAAUGCUCACUUCCAAAAAUAUCCAGUGUAUGAGGACUUUACUUAACUUGGCACACUGCCAUGGAGCUGUGCUUGGAACAUCAUGGCAACUUGUCUUGGCAACUCUACAGCAUCUUGUAUGGAUUCUGGGAUUGAAGCCUAGUAGUGGUGGUGCCUUGAAACCUGGGAGAGCUGUAGAAGGACCCAGUACAGUUCUGACAACAGCAGUGAUGACAGAUUUACCAGUGAUAUCCAAUAUACUUUCAAGAUUGUUUGAAAGCUCACAGUAUCUUGAUGACGUAUCAUUGCACCAUUUAAUAAAUGCACUUUGCUCCUUAUCCCUAGAAGCAAUGGAUAUGGCCUAUGGAAAUAAUAAGGAACCAUCUCUUUUUGCUGUUGCCAAAUUGUUAGAAACAGGUCUAGUUAACAUGCACCGAAUAGAAAUUCUUUGGAGACCUCUAACUGGCCAUCUACUUGAGGUCUGCCAGCAUCCAAACUCUCGAAUGAGAGAAUGGGGAGCAGAAGCUUUAACUUCACUUAUUAAAGCAGGAUUAACAUUUAACCAUGAUCCUCCACUUUCACAAAACCAGAGGCUGCAGUUGCUUUUAUUGAACCCAUUAAAGGAGAUGUCCAGUAUUAACCAUCCAGAUAUCCGACUCAAGCAAUUAGAAUGUGUGCUGCAGAUUCUUCAGAGUCAGGGAGACAGUCUUGGACCUGGAUGGCCAUUAGUGCUUGGAGUCAUGGGAGCAAUCAGAAAUGAUCAAGGAGAAUCCUUGAUACGAACUGCAUUCCAGUGUCUUCAGUUGGUCGUGACAGAUUUUCUACCAACAAUGCCUUGUACGUGCCUGCAGAUUGUUGUAGAUGUUGCAGGUAGCUUUGGACUUCAUAACCAAGAACUUAAUAUUAGUUUGACUUCAAUAGGUUUAUUGUGGAAUAUUUCAGAUUAUUUUUUCCAAAGAGGAGAAACUAUUGAAAAAGAAUUAAAUAAAGAAGAGGCAGCACAGCAAAAGCAGGCAGAAGAGAAAGGAGUUGUUUUAAAUCGGCCUUUCCAUCCUGCACCACCUUUUGAUUGCUUGUGGUUGUGUCUUUAUGCAAAAUUGGGUGAACUCUGUGUGGACCCCCGUCCUGCUGUGAGGAAGAGUGCAGGACAAACUCUGUUUUCAACAAUUGGUGCACAUGGAACUUUAUUACAGCACUCAACGUGGCACACUGUUAUUUGGAAGGUUCUCUUUCAUCUACUGGACCGAGUUCGGGAGUCUUCUACUACUGCAGACAAAGAAAAGAUUGAGUCUGGAGGUGGCAAUAUUCUCAUUCAUCAUUCAAGGGACACAGCAGAGAAGCAGUGGGCAGAGACCUGGGUUUUAACAUUGGCCGGAGUAGCAAGAAUCUUUAACACUAGAAGAUAUUUACUGCAACCUUUAGGAGAUUUUUCAAGAGCAUGGGAUGUUCUUCUUGACCAUAUACAGUCAGCAGCACUCAGCAAAAACAACGAAGUAUCUCUGGCUGCACUGAAAAGCUUCCAGGAAAUUUUACAGAUUGUGUCCCCCAUCAGAGACUCAGAUAAGCCCGAGACACCACCUGUAGUUAAUGUACCUGUGCCUGUCCUUAUAGGGUCCAUAUCAGGCCCUGGCCUGAGCAGGCCAUUUGUAAGAACAGAUUCCGUUGGAGAGAGACUUGGAAGAUAUAGUAGCUCUGAGCCACCCAUAGUUACCGAUGAACUUGAAGAUUUGAAUCUCUGGUGGGCUGCCUGGAAUACCUGGUAUAGAAUCGGAUCGGAAAGCACUAAGCCUCCUGUUACUUUUGACAAACUGACUUUCAUUCCCAGCCAGCCUUUCCUUACAGCUUUAAUUCAGAUAUUUCCAGCUCUCUAUCAACACAUAAAAACUGGUUUCAACAUGGAUGACUUGCAAAAGCUGGGAGUCAUAUUGCAUAGUGCUGUGUCAGUCCCAAUAAGUUCAGAUGCAUCCCCUUUCAUUCUUCCAUCUUAUACUGAAGCAGUUUUGACAAGUUUACAGGAAGCUGUGCUUACAGCUUUAGACGUUCUCCAAAAGGCCAUCUGCGUGGGGCCAGAAAACAUGCAGAUAAUGUAUCCAGCUAUAUUUGACCAGUUACUGGCAUUUGUGGAAUUUUCCUGUAAACCUCCACAGUAUGGACAGCUAGAAACCAAGCACAUUGCAAAUGCAAAAUAUAAUCAGAUCCAACUAUUUGCACCGGCGGAAUGGGUAGCCUUGAAUUAUGUACCAUUUGCUGAAAGGUCUUUAGAAGUAGUUGUGGAUUUAUACCAAAAAACAGCCUGUCACAAAGCAGUCGUGAAUGAGAAGGUACUCCAGAAUAUUAUUAAGACACUUAGGGUUCCUCUCAGUUUGAAAUAUUCCUGCCCUUCUGAAAGCACAUGGAAAUUAGCAGUAUCUUCUCUCCUCAAAGUUCUUUCUAUUGGGUUACCUGUUGCCCGGCAGCAUGCUUCUUCUGGAAAAUUUGACAGUAUGUGGCCAGAACUAGCCAACACUUUUGAAGACUUUCUCUUUACUAAAAGCAUACCUCCAGAUAAUCUCUCUAUUCAAGAAUUUCAAAGAAAUGAAAGUAUUGAUGUUGAGGUAGUUCAGCUUAUCAGCACUGAGAUACUACCUUAUGCCAAUUUUAUUCCUAAGGAAUUUGUCGGUCAGAUAAUGACUAUGCUUAAUAAGGGCUCAAUACAUUCUCAGUCAUCUUCAUUUACAGAAGCAGAGAUUGAUAUUCGUUUGAGAGAGGAAUUUUCUAAAAUGUGUUUUGAAACACUGCUCCAGUUUUCCUUCAGUAACAAAGUCACAACACCUCAAGAAGGCUACAUCUCACGAAUGGCACUCUCAGUGCUUUUAAAGAGAUCUCAAGAUGUGCUUCAUCGUUAUAUAGAGGAUGAAAGAUUAAGUGGUAAAUGCCCUCUUCCAAGGCAACAAGUAACAGAAAUCAUAUUUGUUUUAAAAGCGGUCAGUACUCUCAUUGAUUCACUUAAGAAAACUCAGCCUGAGAAUGUUGAUGGAAAUACCUGGGCACAAGUGAUUGCUUUAUACCCAACUUUAGUAGAAUGCAUCACCUGCUCAUCUGCAGAAGUCUGCUCUGCACUUAAAGAGGCACUAGUUCCUUUUAAGGAUUUCAUGCAACCACCAGCAUCCAAAGUUCAAAAUGGAGAAUCUUGACCAGCUACAAUAAUUUUAAAGAAGAAAGCUAUCUCAAGAAUGUUUGAUCCUCAGUGAGUCUUCUAUGAGAAGGACAUUUCUUACUACAAACAAUUCUUGGCAGCUGGUGUUGGCCUCCUUUAAAUUACACUUACCUGAGUUCAAUAAUUCAUUUUACAAGCUUACAUGUCAACAAAGGCUCCUGAAUGAGUAGCAGUGGAAGCCUUUAGUAAGUUAAGCUGAUGGAGAGUUAAUACUACAUCAUACCUGCUACUUUAUCUUCAACUGGUGAUUUAAAAGUGAGCUUAUGUACAGUUUGUGGUGUAUGUGUUAACGAUGUACUUUUUAAAAAGAAAGAAAAGAUAUUUCAUUCAGUCAGAUUUAUUAGGCUGGUGUUUUUGCACCCUUUUUCAAGUAUAAAAUUGUACUAAAAUUUUAUGCAAGAUGGUACUGUAACAUUCCAUAUUAUCUAUAACCAGCCUUUGUAAACAAAGGGAACUGAUAAACUUGUGUGUAUAAUAAAUGGUACAGUUCUGUAUAAAAUAGUUGCAUUUAUUGUUUAAAUUUUUAAAAUAUUGAUAAUGUUAAAUGCUUGAAGCUGUAUUUAUUAUUAAUACAAAAUUGUUUGCUUACAUUUUUACUUAUAAUUUGCCUUCUUAAGCAGCAGGUAUGCUCACCAUAUGAUCAUGCAGUUAUCUCAGUGCUUAUUUUAAAUGUAUUUACCAGUGACUAUUAAACAUCUGACCAGAAAGGUCAUGUGAACACAGCAGCAAAUAGUUUAUGAUUUGCUGAUUUUGCAACUUUGAAGUAUAAGUUAUUAACUAAAUACAUUGGGAUAUAUUGUAGCGCUCUGAAUCCAUCAUACCUCAUUUCUUUAAAUAUCUUUCCCAGCUUUCACAUAAAUCUGUCUGUUUUUAUAUUUGGUGUCUGAAUUUUAAAGACUUUUCAUAUUAUAUUUCUACUGAUUUUUUUCCCCCCACUGACUAAGCAUUUAUCACUGUCUUUGAAUUAUGACCCAGGCAAGAUGAUUCCAGAUUUCCAAAUUUUGCCUGUGAAGUUUUGUUCAUUUUAGUGUUUCAUUUUGUAAUGUCUUCUCAAGAAGAAAAAUAACUAUGCUAACCCAUAAAUAUAAAAUGUGUGUGUAUUCUAAAACAAUGAGAAGUGUAUUUUUGGAGAUAGUGAAAAAUUUAGAAGUACAGUAAACUUUCUGUCAUGGAGUAAAUUGCUAAUUUUGUUUCACUUUCCUCUCUUAGUGAAGAAGAAAAAUGCUCUUGAGUACAUUAACUUGUUUCUUAAAAAACUAAUUUAGCUUACUGUAUUUUUUAUUUAAUGGAUUAUUAUAUUAUCAUAUUUUUCUUAAAUUUUCGUAAACGUGAAGAUGCAAAGAUGUUUAAAACAAUGAUUAAGAAAUCAUAAUGGUUUCAGUAUUAUGUUAGUGUGCUGGAAGGCCUUUGAUGUUAAUAGAAUUUAUACAUUUCAGCCACUCAAAUAAUUAUAAAACUAGAAGAUAUUAGAAUUGAGUAAUAGAUGAGAUACAAUUUUGAGGCUAUUGUAAUUUUGUAAGUAUUUAAUUUGCACUAUUAUCUGUAAACAUGGUAAGGUCUUUUUUGGAGGGGAUAUUAUUUUUAUUUAUCUGAAUUAAUGAAUUUCUGUUUUAUAAUUUCACCUAAAAUUAGGGUAAAAUAUGGCAUUUCCUAGAUUCUAUCUUCAGCAUUUUCCUUAAAGUUGUAAAAAAAAAAAAAAAAAUCAAGCUGUGUAUUUAGUUUAUUUCCUAUAUUUGGAUAUGUUAAAUUGAGGAUUAGAAAAAUCUGAAUAUCACUGAUAGACUAAUGAAAUAGAAUAACAAGGGUAGUAUGCCAUUUAAGUAACAUGUUAAAAAUAUUGCCAUGAAUUUACAUGAAGUGAAAAUGUUUAUUCUUGAGAAAUAAUAGAUCAAUUGCAAUCAUAAAAAUUAUUCUUCAGUGAAAGUUAAACAUGAAUCAAAGGUAUAUAGCAUACAUUUAUAUAAAUUGAAUAGCUUUAGCUAAUAUCAUAUUAGCUUUCAAUAUCAGGACCAUUCCCUACAGAUCAAAGCAUAAAUGUGUUAAUACCAUAUAAUAUGGUAAUCAGUGCCAGUCUUAGUGACAAGCAAAGUGGACUGCCCCCUUGGUGAUAUAAUUUUACAGGUUUUUUCUCCCAGAAUAUUUCCUGCCACCCCCAGGAGUCACUACCAGCAAUUCAUUCCCUUGAGUCAAACAUUCCUCUUAGGCUGCAUUUUCUAAAAUAUCCUGAUCCCUGGGGAGGUUAACACAGUGCCCUUGUUUUGUUAGUAUGAAGUGGGUUCUCUAGUGACUAGGAGCACUGAGCUGUGAAAGAUUACUAGAUGCUAAGAGAUUAUAGAAAAGGGAGUUCCCAAGGCUAAGAUCACUUUACAGCACAACUGAGACUGUGACUAGUCCUUGAACCAUUAGUAAUAAUGUUCUCUGGAAUGCAUAUUAUAAAUACAAUGAGUUUUAAGCCUCACGUGAUCAUUUUUUGUCAUUGACAGUGCCUAUCUUACAUAAGAUUACCAGACAACAGGUUUAUUCCAAUGUUGGAUUAUAAUCCUUUCCUGACCUUUUUCCAUUAUAAAAGAAACAAACUAAUUUUCAACUUGAAUAGCUUUUUAUUUUCCUAUAAUGCUACCACUGCCAAAAAGGAAAAAAAAAUAGGUGAUUUUUUAGUGUCUCAUUUAGUAUUUCUUUAUAACUAGUGUUAAAGUUUUGUUAAUUUUACUGUAUACAUUUGUGAGUAGCAUUUAUUUAUUAGGAGCCUGUAGGGGCCAGAAGAAAAAGAAAAUGCAUAAAAAUCUGGCUUAGAGAAAACCACUUUUUACUUGCUUUCAUUUUUAAUUUUAUGAUAUUAACAGCUGUGUUGUUUUUUUAAAGCGUUUUUAUUUAUUUUAUUUAUUUUCAGUUUUUUAGAGAGAGCAUGUGAGGAGGGGUGAGGAGGGGUGAGAAGGGGCAGAGGGAGAGAAUCUUAAGCAGGCUCUGCGCUGGGCAUGCUCCUUUUCAGGACCCUGAGAUCAUAACCCGAGUGGAAAUCAAGAGAUGCUUAUCAGACUGAGCUACGCAGGUGCCCCAGCUAUGUUGUUUAUUGCCUGUUUUCCCCCUAUAUAAGUAUUAAUUCAACUCUUGCUUUAUUCCUUAAGUUAUAUUUAGCACCAGAAAGAAGAGAUGAACAAUUUACACAUAUAUUUUAUUCUGAAGAAUAACACUCAUUUUACAUUAACUCUAUAAAAAGCCAAUAACAACUAGGUUGUCUUUUCUCACUGUAACCAUAUUUUGCUCAUUGUCACAAUUUGGUACCACUAGUCCCAGGUAACCAUAAAGCAAGCCAAAAGGUCAGUUAAGAAACUGAGGGUGUGGUGGGGGGUGGGCGGAGGGAGCGCCUGGGUGGCUCAGUAGUUAAGCAUCUGUCUUUGGCUCAGGUCAUGAUCCCAGGGUCCUGGGAUCGAGCCCCGCAUUAGGCUCCCUGCUCCGCAGGAAGCCUUCUUCUCCCUCUCCCACUCCCCCUGCUUGUGUUCCCUCUCUCACUGUGUCUCUCUCUGUCAAAUAAAUAAAUAAAAUCUUAAAAAAAAAAACAACAAAACUGAGGGUGUGGGCUACCUGGCUGGCUCAAUCAGUAGAGCAUUCGACUCUGACUCUUGGGAUUGUGAGUUUGCAUGUAGAGAUUACUUAAAAAAAAAAAAGAAAGGGUGAAACAGCAUAGUGUAGAAAACCACUCAAAAGUAUUAAUUAGGUUGUCAUUAUUACACUCGUGUUACUGAAGAACAGUUUAGUUAUUAUAUAAUGAUCCAAUAUAAUAUAGUCUUCCCAAAUGUAGAAUAAUUCAGAUGGGCAGCCAAAUCCUCAAGAGACUACUAUAGGUGGAGUCUGUGCAGUCCAGCAGAAUACUUUCAGGAAACUGCCUACCUGUGAUUGCUAUAUAAUUUAAUAUUGGAGAUUUAGAAGCCACAGAAUUAAUGUCCAGGCCAAGAAUAUUGUGAAUUAAUGUUUUUUUAUUUCUACAGAUUAGGUUUGGCAUUAUGGCAGAUAUGCUGAUCUUGUAUAAAUUACCACAUUUUUUUGUGCUUAGUGUUGCUUGGGUGUAUAUUAGAGUGGAUUUUGUUUUUUUGGUUGUUUUUUAAAUUACUAUUGAUGAUAACAGGCGUUCAUAGCACAUGGGGUAUGGAUUAUGGGGACUUUUGUAUUAUGGGAAAUAGUUUUUAAUAUCAGUAUCACUUGAAUUAAAUUUUUUGUAUCUGGCAAGUAGAGUAGUGCUUUCAGUUUGAAAAGUUUUUAUAGAUUGGGAAAGAAGGGUAUAAUGUCUUUGUUAUCUUGAUUUGUUUAAAAACUAUUUCAGUUAGGUAAAUACCAAUCUCUUAUAAAUCUAGCACUUAAUUUUGACAUUAGCACUGUUGGCUCUCUUUAAAGAUUUUUAUUUAUCCAUUUAGAGAGAGAGAGAGCAUGUGUGAGUGGGGGCAGACAGAGAGGGAGAGAGAGAAUCUCAAGUAGAUUCCUCACUGAGCGGGGAGCCUGACAUAUAGGGCUUGAUCCCACAACCUUGAGACCACAGCCUGAGCUGGAAUCAAUAGUCAGCUGCCAGCUGAGCCACCCAGGUGGCCCAGUGUUGGUCCUCUUUAAAGGCGCUCACAGUGAGUCCUCUUGAGAAUAUAAACACAGGAAUCUUGACUUGUUGUGAGGCAGUGAGGAGCCCAGGCUCUCCCUCUUCUUUAACCUUAGGCAUGUGUAAGGGGUACCUGGCUGGCUCAGUCAGUAGAGCAUGCAACUCUUGAUCUGAGUUUGAGCCCCAUGUUGGGCAUAGAAUUUACUUAAAAAUAAAAAACAAUAACAACAACAAAAAAACCCCAGUAAAUCAUAACUUUAGGCAUGUGAACUUUUCAAAGCCUCUAUUAUUUAAUCUCUAAAACAGAGAUGAUAAUUAAUGAAUUACUAAUUCUUUGGAGAAAACACAUAGUUUGGAUUUAGAUAUGAUUUUCUAAUGACAUUGUUAGGUUAACUGUUCAAGUUUUUGAUAAAUUUAUUACUCUAUCUUAAGAACUUUGACUGUAUGUUUUUCUCCUUUUUUUUCCUGCAUCCUUUCUUUCCUUUGCCUUCCCUCCUUUUAAAAAAAAUUCUGGUUGGGGCACCUGGGUGGCUCAGUCGGUUAAGCGGCUGCCUUCGGCUCAGGUCAUGAUCCUGGGGUCCUGGGAUCAAGCCCCGCAUCCGGCUCCCUGCUCAGCGGAGAGCCUGCUUCUCCCUCUCCCUCUGCCUGCCACUCUGCCUACUUGUGCUCUCUCUCUAUCUGUCAAAUAAAUAAAUAAAAUCUUUAAAAAAAAAAUUCUGUUUACCUUAUCAUCUUUUUUAUACUUCCGCUAGUUUUUUCUCCUUUUCAUUCCUUUUAUUUUCUGCCUCUUCUGUUCCAGCUCUUCCUUUAGUUUCACCUUUACUUUGUUCAAAAGAAGCAGAGCUGUUAGUGGUAGGACCACUGCCAACUGCCUUUUUAUUAAGUGAGAUUCUGGAAGUACCUUCUGCUUUGGCCACUAUUACUUUUUUGCCAAGGUGAAGUCCCCCUGCCAUUUCAAAAUAGCUGAACAAGUUCAAGUAAUGACUGUAGCUUCUGCUAUCUUUCUGAAACCACAGGAUUCAGCAGCCAGGAUGCUCACAAAUGGGAUGGCUAUAAAUAUGAUGAAUUCAGCAGCUCAACUUGGAACAAUCAUGUCUUUUCUGUUAUAUGGAUAGAGAUUUAUACCACUUUUCUGAGAGUCUUUAAAAUCUGUUUAAAUGAGGUUUUGAAAAUUAUUUUAUCUUUUUUUUGGAGGGGGGUUUUCUUUGUUUUUAGAGGCAAAUGCUUUGAAUUAUUAGCUUUAUGUUAUCUAAAUAUUAUUUAUAAUACUUAUACUGCCUAUUUUCAGAAGGAUUUGAGGCAGCAUAUUGCCCAUAUAUUUCAGCUGUUUCUAAUUUUCUGUUGCAAACAGUAUUCUUUGGAGAAGAGCUACAGUACUUAUCUCCAAGUCUUUCUAGAGUGUAUUUGGUAUCCCUGUGCUUAGUGCUUACAGUGACACAGAGGUCAGUUGAAACGUUCCUAAUUACACUAUAGGAUUGAAUCUAGCCCCUCAGUUAAGAAAAAAAGUAAUUUUUUUACCUUUGAAUUCUGAGGCCAUUUCACUUGCUGCAAAUGUAGUUACAUUAAAUUUUAUUUUAAACUAACAUUCAGUAAGGAAUGCAACCAGGGAAGAUCUGCUAAACUGUGCCAUUAUUUGAGAAACUAUUACAAUAUAAUAACAACUCCUUCUUUCUAUGAAGUUUUACUAGAUGGAAGAAAAAUUCCAAGGCUAUAACAUUGCAAUCUUAUUCUUUUUAUCUAGAAAAAUAAAAUAGAAUAUUAGGCUUCAGACCCAACUGUGCAAAUUGCAUUUGCUUUCCAUCUUUUACUACCUCUGUGUCAUAAUUUUAACACAUAACAUAGAACUCCUGUCUCUUAGGCAGUUACCAUAUGGUGUUUAUGUCAGACUGGAUAUAUUUAUCUAAUUUUGUGAGAUUCUUUUUUAGCUCCCAACACAGUUCUUGAAAGUAAUACUGCUGUUGUUACACUUUCUCCUUACAAUUUUUAUGUUGUUGAGAUGUAUCAGUUAUAUAUUAUAAUCAUGAAAGUCUUUUGGCCUCAAACCCAAGUUUUCUUUGUGGCCUAGGAUAGAUUUUUCACAAAAACUGCAUAGUUAUAGCUGUGAUUACAUAGAUUUUUAAUUUGCUUUACAGUUACCACUCAGCACGAUUCUAGGUUUUUAAUUAUGUUCCAGCACUACUAGUUUUCUCAGUGUAACUUAAAAUCAUAACUACUUUGACAAUUUACUUUCAGAUCUGAUAUAUGAUUCAUUUUCUUCUUUAAUAUACUUUGUGUUUACUUUCUCAUCCCCAUUAGGUUCAACACAUUAGAGACACCCCACAUAAUUGGCUCUGGUUAAAGACUUCAUAAGUAAUGAUUCAAAUAUGUUUAGGAUGGUUUAUAUAUGGUCAAAUUGGAAAAACUUUUAUAAAAUGGAAUAAUAGGGAUGUGUUUUGAGAGCUUUGUUGAAACUAUUAAUAUGUAAAAUAAAAAUUAAAAGAAUAUUCAAUCAGAAGAACAUUAUGAAGUAUUUCUCAGCUGUUUGGAAAGAAAGUAGAUUUAGAACUUUAUGUAAAAAUUCUAGGUCAAGUAAAAAAACAAUCCUCGUGUGGAUUAGACCCUUUUAAUCAUUUAUUUUGUUUUAUAAGCAUUCCUAUUUAUUUUUAAUUUAGUGAGGCUGAUACUGAGAUGGCCUGUCUAUAGCAAUGUCAGACCACCCCUCUACUUCUCAAAGAAAAACAGUUUGUUUUAAAAUUUCUUUUUUGAGAACAUGAAUUGUGUAAUAAGUGUAUAGUAUACUGAAAAAUGCCUACCUAGUAUUUAUAGCAGUUAAGUGUAGUUAUAAUAAGUUUUCUAAUUUCUCAUUUUAGUAAUCAUUUCUGGAGUACCUAGAAUGUGUCAGCCAGAGCUUUUCCUAUAUUAUUCCUUUUAAUCCUCAUAGCAGUCCUACAAAGAAGGUUUUAUAUAUUAUACGCAUUUUACAGAGGAGGAAAUCAGGGCUUAAAGGCUGAAGUGACUUGCCUAGAGUCACACAGUCUGUGCACAAGCAUGUCUUGCUUCAAAAGCAGUUUUUUUUUUUCCACUACAACAUGCUAGUUUCACAUCUUCAAAAAAUUUUCUCCAUUAAAAUUCAAGCCUUACUAAAAUAAAUUUAAAAUACGUUUUAGACAGUUAUUUCUAUGAAUAGGCACUGGGACAUAACAAAGAACUUCCAAUACUGUGAAACAAGAUUUGUCUAAUGGCUAUGACCUCCAGAGCUGUGCUGGGUUUUUAUUAUUGGUCCAGGACAGUUUAAAACAUCUUACUGAUUUGUAGUUUCUUAUAAGAGGUUAUAUUAUAAGCAGUAGCAUAGUGAUGAAGGGCCCAGAGUCUGGGGUCAGAUUUCCUAAGUUCAAAUCCCAGCUCUGUGUCACCUCGGGCAAGUUAAUUAAUCUGUUUUGGUUUUCUCAUCUGUAAAUUGGAUUUAAUAGUAGUGUUUAACUCAUGAGUUGUUUAUUAGGAUUUAAAUAGUGUUAUAAAGCACUGUCCCUGGCACCUAGGUUGAUGUUACGUAAAUAAAAUACACUCUGAUACACAAGACAUGAGCACAAAACCUAUGCCUUCUCACAAGACCGCUUUUUUGCCUUUUAUUGGACAACCACUGUGUAUUAAUUAAGACUACUGUAUGCUCAUAACUGUCCUUUCUAUAUGCAUAAAGUCACUGGGAGCUCUUAGGUGCUUAUAGCUACAUACAUGAAAAAAUACAAAACUAUGUAUAAAGUACUCCUGUCCUUGAUGUUUUAGUUUCCCUUGUUAGGCAUUCGGUUAGUCUCUGUCCUCAUGUAAUUUAGUUUUGAAGGAAAUACAGAUCUUUAACAAGUGUACAAAGUACUGUGAUAGAAAGUACAGAGAUCUAUGGGAUCACAAAGUAGUAUGGCCUAGUCUUCUGUGGCUUAGGGUAUUCUUACUGCUAGUAUUCAGAAGGAAAAUCAAUUUAAAAAAAAAGAAAUAGCCUGAUGGUAGAGGUAGGAUUUUCAAUGGGCCCUGAUGGGUAGGUAGGUUUUUACAUGGGUCCAAAGGAUCUUGGAGGAUAUCUCAGGUAAAAACAAAUAAUGUAAGCAAGGAGUACUGUGAAAUAUGAGGUACAUUUCAGUGUGUGUGAAACAAGGUUGACUAUAAGGGACUGAGGCCCAUUGAUGAAAUUCUUUUGAGAUCCAAGCAGACUAGAUUUCAGAUGGCAGGAGCUUGGAGUGAUUAUUUUGGGGAGUAAAUUAUGAAACUAAGGAAGAUAAACUUGUAGUUGUAAGCAGUUGAAGGAAUACAGAGCAGGGAAAGCUGAGGUAGAAGCUGUAUGCAAUUUUCCUGCUGUGUGGUCAUGAUGAAGGAUUGAGAAGCUGAGGCUUUCCCAGUCACACUGGGAAAGCAUAUGAUUCUGUGUAUUAUGGCUGGAUUAAAGAUUGUUGAUAAGAGUACGCCAUGUGUGGAUGAGGAGUACAUUGGUGUCAGCACUGUCAAAAACAGUUUAAUUGUGGAAAGGAAUUGGGA